AAAACUAAACUCGAACAAUCUCUUUUCCAGACGCAGGCUGGAGGAGCAUAUGGCGGCGACGGAGACCAGCUUAAGCCCGGCGGUGGAGUCGGUGGUGCCGGCUUGUAUGUUCGCACCUGACCCGGACUGCGCGGAGGAGUCGCCCGGCGCUGAGCGCAGCGACGCCGGCGACAACCAGAACGGGGAAGCCGAGGAUCAUUUAGACCUCACCAGCAAGUUUGCACUGGUCAGCCCUACAGGAGAGCAGUAUGACUGUUUACAAAAGCAGCUGCGAGAACGAAUAGAGGAAGGAUGCGGAGAAACCAUCUAUGUGGUUGGGAAGGGAACAGACGGCGGUGAUUAUGGUCUGGAUGAGUGGGAUAUGGAAGCAUCUGUCGCUACAGUGCAGUCACUUUGUGAACAGGUUGACGGCGACCUGAUUCUGCUGAGAGAGAGGACAGAGACGGCAGGAUGUGUCCGCGAUUAUCUCAUCCGGCGCCGCAUGGGAGAGGCCGACUUCCUGGAAGUCAGAGUUGCAGUUGUAGGUAAUGUAGAUGCUGGUAAAAGCACACUUUUGGGUGUCCUAACCCACGGCGAACUCGACAACGGUCGUGGAUUCGCCCGCCAGAAGCUGUUCCGCCACAAACACGAGAUGGAGAGCGGCCGGACCAGCAGCGUUGGCAAUGACAUCCUGGGGUUUGACCAGGAAGGGCAUGUGGUCAACAAACCGGACAGCCAUGGGGCCAGCCUGGACUGGACCAAAAUCUGCGAGAGGUCCACAUUUAAAGACGACGAGCUGCCAGAGUUUCAGAUUGAUGACACAUAUUCAGUGCCGGGUGUAGGUACUGUAGUAUCAGGGACUACUUUACGUGGAUUAAUACGGCUGAACGACACGCUGCUCCUCGGUCCAGAUCCUCUGGGCGUUUUCAUCCCCAUCACCGUCAAAUCUAUUCACCGCAAGCGCAUGCCUGUUAAAGAAGUGCGCGGUGGGCAGACGGCCUCGUUCGCCUUGAAGAAGAUCAAGCGCUCAUCGAUCAGAAAGGGAAUGGUGAUGGUGUCACCACGCCUCAACCCACAGGCAUGCUGGGAGUUUGAGGCAGAGAUUCUCGUACUACACCAUCCAACGACGAUAUCGCCAAGAUACCAAGCUAUGGUUCACUGUGGCAGUAUCAGACAGACGGCCACCAUCAUCGGUAUGAACAAAGACUGUUUACGGACCGGGGACAAAGCCACCGUACACUUCCGUUUCAUCAAGACCCCCGAGUACUUUCACACGGACCAGAGACUCGUCUUCAGAGAGGGCAGGACCAAGGCCGUGGGCACCAUCACUAAGGAUCAUUAG